CAGAGUAACGACACCAGCCUUUUAGCGGGGCUGACAGACUGACUACAACGCUCGCGACGCUAAAUGAAUUCCGUCAUAAAAAAUGACACACUGCUCGCGCCAUUAACUAACGUCUGGAAGUCAGUUAUAUUUGUGAAACUCUUCUUAUGUUUCCCCAUCUGAGCUCAGAGUAGAUGAGAGAUGUAAUGUUUGUCUCUGUUGUGUUGAAGUCCAAUCAGGCAGGAGAGACCAGCCUCCCCUGUUCCCAGCUGUGUGUCCAUGAAGAGUGACUGGUCUAUGGAACCUCCUAUAUCCUUUAGAGAGGGAGACUUUUCUACUGAACAAAGACCAAUCAAGCAGGAGAGACCAGCCUCCCCUGUUCCCAGCUGUGGGUCCAUGAAGAGUGACCGGUCUAUGGAACAUCCGAUAAACUUUAGAGAGGAAGACUUUUCUACUGAACAAAGACCAAUCAAGCAGGAGAGACCAGCCUCCCCUGUUCCCAGCUGUGUGUCCAUGAAGAGUGACAAGUCUAUGCAUCAACCUCUAAGCUUUAAAAAGGGAGACAUUUCUACUGAACAAAGCCCAAUCAAGCAGGAGAGACCAGCCUCCCCUGUUCCCAGCUGUGUGUCCAUGAAGAGUGACCGGUCUAUGAGUCAACCUAUACAGUUUGGAAAGGAAGGCUUGGAUCGUCCUAUAAACUUUAGAGAGGGAGACUUUUCUACUGAACAAAGAAACCAACAGGAGAGAUCAGAGUCAGAGAUUCUCAGUGGUCAGUCUUCCCAGAGUCAUCAAACAGACCUGGCCUCCAUAUUCAGUUUGCUUGAAGAGAAAAUUCUGACAUUUGUGAAGAACGAGCUGAAGAUGUUCAAGAGGAUUCUUAGUCCAGAACUCCCAGAAGGCUUUGAGAGUCAGAAGCAGGAUAAGGAAGUGGUGGAUGCUGAAGAUGAGAAGCAGGAGAGCAGUGCCAGAGAGGGGGCUCUGAAGAUCACACUGCACAUCCUGAGGAAAAUGAACCAGAAGGAGCUUGCUGACACACUGGAGAAAUAUUCAGAUGAUCUUGCUGUGAUUUUCCAACGUGAACUCAAAUCUAAUCUAAAGAAGAAGUUUCAAUGUGUAUUUGAGGGGAUCGCUAAACAAGGAAACCCAACACUUCUCAAUAAGAUCUACACAGAGCUCUACAUCACAGAGGGUGGAACAGGAGAGGUCAAUAAUGAACAUGAGCUGAGACAGAUUGAGACAACAACCAGGAAACAAGCAAGACCAGAGACUGCAAUCAAAUGUAACGACAUCUUCAAACCCUUAACUGGACAAGACAAACCUAUCAGAACUGUGCUGACAAAGGGAGUCGCUGGCAUUGGAAAAACAGUCUCUGUGCAGAAGUUCAUUCUGGACUGGGCUGAAGGAAAAGCAAAUCAGGAUGUCCAAUUUAUAUUUUCAUUCCCUUUUCGGGAGCUGAAUUUGAUGAAAGAGGACAAACACACUUUCAUUAAACUUCUCAAUCACUUCUCAAUGGAAACCAAACAAUCAAGAAUCUCCAACUACAACAAGUACAAAGUUCUGUUCAUCUUUGAUGGUCUGGAUGAGUGCCGACUGCCCCUAGACUUCCAGAACAACAAGAUCUGUUGGGACGUCUCAGAGUCAACCUCAGUGGAUGUUCUGCUGACAAAUCUCAUCAAGGGAAAUCUGCUUCCCUCUGCUCUCCUCUGGAUAACUACCCGACCUGCAGCAGCCAAUAAGAUCCCUUCAGCGUGUGUUGACCAGGUGACAGAGGUACGAGGGUUCAAUGACCCACAGAAGGAGGAGUACUUCAGGAAGAGAUUCAGUGAUGAGGACCUGGCCAGCAGAAUCAUCUCACACAUCAAGACAUCAAGGAGCCUCCACAUCAUGUGCCACAUUCCAGUCUUCUGUUGGAUUUCUGCAACAGUCCUUGAACACAUGCUGAAACAUAAGAGAGAAGAGAUGCCCAAGACUCUGACUGAGAUGUACACACACCUUGUGGAGUUUCAUACCAAACAGAAGAAUGAAAAGUAUCUUGGGAAAGAAGAGACAGGUCCACACUGGAAUAAAGAGAGCAUUCUGUCACUGGGAAAACUGGCUUUUCAACAGCUUGUGAAUGGCAAUCUGAUUUUCUAUGAAGAAGACCUGAAAGAGGCUGGCAUUGGUGUCAAUGAAGCCUCAGUGUACUCAGGAUUGUGCACAGAGCUCUUUAAAGAGGAAUGUGUGCUAUACCAGGACAAGGUGUACUGCUUCGUGCAUCUGAGCAUUCAGGAGUUUCUGGCUGCUGUAUAUGUGUUCCUCUCAUUCAACAACAACAAUGAGAAUCUAAUGGACAAACUGCAAACAAGUGACAAGUCUGAAGUUACUUUCUACAAGAGUGCUGUGGAUAAAGCCUUACAAAGUGAGACGGGAAACCUGGACCUUUUCCUCCGCUUCCUUCUGGGCCUCUCACUGGAGUCCAAUCAGAAGCACUUACAAGGUCUACUGACAAAGUCAAGAAGCAGCUCACAGAGCCAUGAAGAAACAGUCAAGUACAUCAAGGAGAAGAUCAGGGAGAAUCCCUCUCCAGAGAGGAGCAUCAAUCUGUUCCACUGUCUGAAUGAACUGAAUGACCAUUCUCUAGUGGAGGAGAUCCAAAGCUACCUGAGAUCAGGAAGUCUCUCAAAACCCUUCCUGUCACCUGCACAGUGGUCAGCUCUGGUCUUUGUGUUGCUGACUUCAGAAAAGGAGCUGGAUGUGUUUGACCUGAAGAAAUACUCCAGAUCAGAGGAAGGUCUUCUGAGGCUGCUGCCAGUGGUCAAAGCCUCCAGAGCUGUUCUGCUGUCAGGCUGUCUAGUCACAGAGGAAGGCUGUGCUUCUCUGGUCUCAGCUCUGGAGUCAAACCCCUCACACCUGAGAGAGCUGGACCUGAGUAACAAUGACCUGAAGGAUUCAGGAGUGAAGCUGCUCUCUGCUGGACUGGGGAAUCCCCACUGUAAACUGGAGACUCUGAGGCUGUCACGCUGUCUAGUCACAGAGGAAGGCUGUGCUUCUCUGGUCUCAGCUCUGAGGUCAAACCCCUCACACCUGAGAGAGCUGGACCUGAGCUACAAUCACCCAGGAGACUCAGGAGUCAGACUGCUCUCUGCUAGACUGGAGGAUCCACACUGCAGACUGGAGAAACUCAAUGUGGAACAUGGUGGAGAGUACACAAUGAAACCUGGGCUUAGAAAAUAUGUCUGUGAUCUCACACUGGACCUAAACACAGUAAACAGACUCCUCUCUCUGUCUGAGGAGAACAGAAAGGUGACAUGUAGGACAGAGGAGCAGCCGUAUCCUGAUCACCCAGAGAGAUUUGAGGACUGUGGACAGGUGCUGUGUAGAGAGGGUCUGACUGGGCGCUGUUACUGGGAGGUAGAGUGGAGUGGGAGAAGGGCUGAUAUAGGAGUGACAUAUAAAGGAAUCAGAAGGAGAGGAGGGGUUAAGGACUGUUAUCUUGGAUGGAAUGACAAGUCCUGGAGUCUGAACUGCUCUGACAACAGUUACAUUGCCUGGCACAAUAAUAAUCCCACUACCAUAGACGUCCCCUCCUCCAGCCCCCACAGAGUAGGAGUGUAUCUGGACUGGCCAGCCGGCACUCUGUCCUUCUACAGAGUCUACUCUGACACACUGACCCACCUGAUCACAUUCACCUCCACAUUCACUGAGCCCCUAUAUCCAGGGAUUCAUAUUUGGUAUGAUGGUGACUCAGUGUCUCUGUGUCAAACACAACAUGAUGUUUCACUCUAAUCAGGGUCAUGUUCAGUAAGACACUGGAGCAACAAUGUAGAAUAUCUCUCUAGUGUGUUAACCUCUCUAUCCAGGGUGUUUGGUAUGAAAAAUAUGUAGUAGCAUUACUUUAAGGUUAAUAUAAAUGAUAGGUGUGUACAAUAGUGUUACUCUGGUUGUGUAAAUUGCUGUUUUCACAUAAAUCUGUACCUAAUUCA